AUGACGAUCACGUCCAAAUUCGCAGACGUCGACAUCCCCAACGUCGACCUCUGGACUCUAUACCUAGAGGGGAAAAGGGACUAUCCAGAUGAACACACCCUCCUCGUGGACGGCGACACCGGCCGCUCCUACACCUUCGCCGAGAUAAAGCGCCUCUCCAUCGCCUUCGGCCAGGGCCUCGUCCACUCCCUCGACUGGCGCAAGGGCGACGUCCUCGGCUUCUACACCCCCAACUGCGUCGACACCCCCGUCGUCAACCUCGGCCUGCACUGGGCCGCCGGCAUCGCCUCCCCGGCCAACCCGACCUACACCGUCGACGAGCUCGCCCACCAGCUCAAAGACUCGGGCGCCAAGGCCCUCAUCACCCAGCGGCCCUUCCUCGACGCCGCGCUCGAGGCCGCCAAGGCUGCGGGGAUCCCGCGCCAGAGGGUCCUGCUCAUGGGCGACGCGAGGGACGACAGGGGCGAGUUCAAGCAUUGGACGGAGGUGACGGCGGAGGGGGCCUGGCUGAAGCCCCGGAAGCCGCAGGUCGAUCCUGCUGUUGAUACGGCGUACCUGGUGUAUAGCUCGGGCACCACCGGCCUGCCUAAGGGCGUCUCGCUCACCCAUCGCAAUCUAGUCGCAAAUGCCAUGCAAUCAUACAAGAUCGACACCAGGUCUCUGAACUGGGACGUGGACGCCCAACUCGGCGUCCUACCAUUCUUCCACAUCUAUGGUCUCUCGGUCGUGCUCAACGUAGCCUUCGUCGCGGGCGCAAAGUGCGUCAUCAUGGCCCGCUGGGACCUCGAGAAGGCCUGCAGCCUCAUCCAGUCCCACCGCAUCACCGUCGCCUACGUCGCGCCGCCCAUCAUCCUCGCCCUGGGCAAGCAGCCCGCCGUCGCAAAGUACGACCUGUCGACCAUCAAGUGGAUCAACUCGGGCGCCGCGCCCCUGGGGCCUGAGCUGGCCGAGGCCGUCUGGAACCGCCUCAAGGUCGGCGUGAAGCAGGGGUACGGGCUGUCGGAGACGAGCCCGACCAUCAUGACGCAGUUUGCGGACGAGUGGUCCCGGUUCCAGGGGAGCGUGGGCAAGCUGCUGCCGAACAUGGUGGCGAGGAUUGUUGAUACUGAUGGGAAGGACCUGCCCAAUGGCGAGCAUGGAGAGUUGCUCGUCAAGGGUCCCAAUGUGUUCGCUGGCUACUGGAACCGACCGGACCUCCAAGCCGACACCUUCACGUCCGAUGGGUGGUUCAAGACCGGAGACGUUGCGUAUGUCGACGAGCAUGGCAACUUCUUCAUCACCGACCGCAUCAAGGAGCUCAUCAAGUACAAGGGUUUUCAAGUUGCACCCGCAGAGUUAGAAGACAAGCUCCUGGGGAACGAGAAUGUCGCCGACGUAGCGGUCAUCGGUGUGUGGAACGAUGCAUUGCACACCGAGGUCCCCCGAGCAUAUAUUGUUCCCACUCCGGGCGUUGAAGCCAACGAGGAUCUGGCGAAGCGGAUUUCGGACUGGCUCGCUGGUGAAGUGGCACCGCCCAAGAAGCUGCGAGGUGGUGUGAGGUUUGUGGACGUCAUUCCCAAGUCGCCAUCUGGAAAAAUCUUGAGGAGACUGCUCAAGGACAAAGCGAAGAAGGAGGCGAAGGAGGCCGCGGGGCCAAAGGCCAAACUAUAA